AUGAAAGAUUCACUUGAUCUAUCAGCAAUUAGUCCAGGUUUAUCGGAAUCAUCAUCAUUAAAACAUGUUUGUUCGAAUGAAAUUACCAUACGAAAUCAAUUAUAUAUUAUAUCAAUGUCUGUUCAUAAUUCAAAACAACCACAAAUUGAUUUAGAAGUUGAAGCAAAAGAAAGUGCAGAUCAAUGGAAAGCAUGUUUUGAUGUUACUGCUAUUGAAACAAUGACAGCGAAGACGGGUAAUUUCAAAUCAUUUAGUGUUUUUGUGAAUAUGCUCGAAAAUGCCAUAAAUCAAGAUAGUACAUCAGUUAAUAUUGAUCUAUUUACAUAUGAUGAUCUUGAAGCAUUACGUAAAAAACGUCAAGGGCAAAGUGAAAAUUUAACUCAUCAUACAACAAAUAUUCAAUUAGCAAAUAAACGUUAUUUAAUUUUAACUUAUAAUGCUGAAUAUGAUCGAAUUUAUUAUCCAUUAUCACUUCCAUAUUGUGGAAAACCAGAUCCUGUUAUUUUAAUGCAACAAAUACGACAAUUAACAACUGAAAAUCGUUUAUUAAAAUCAAAACUUGAAUCUGAUGUUGAACGUAGUGAUAUAAUACGUUUACAACGAGAAUGUAGUCGUUUAAAAAAAGAAAAUAAUGAAUUUCGUCAACAAGCAUCUUCAAAUCGCCCAAAUAAUUCUAAUGAUCAACAACAACAAAUUGAAUUAUUACGUCAAAUGGUUCGAGCAAGUGAAGAUGCUUUAACGAAAGAACGAACAACAAUAACAACAGCAAAAAAUGAUAAUUACAGAGUAUUAAAUGAUCAAGUUGAGUCAUUGAAAACAUCUGAAAGACAAUUGAAAUCAAAAGUAAGAAGUUUAGUCAAUGAAAUUGCUUUACUUAAACGAAGUACUCUUCAUCAUCCAACUACAGUUCGUUCAUCAUCAAGAGAACGAUCAAUACAACUUAACGGUUAUUCUCCUCGUUCAUUACAACAACGUCCACCAUCAUCAUCUCGUCCAUCAUCAGGUGAUCAACGUCGACAUCGUUCAGAUCAUUUAUUACCAACAACUGCAUCACGUAAUCGUUCAAAACAUCGUUCAAAUUCAAAUGAUUCUCGUCGAAGUGGAAGUGAAACUCGUCAUCGUUCAACAAGUAUUACGAAACGAUCACCAUCACCAGCAGAUUCUCGCGGUCGAUUUAAUCCAACAGCCUAUAUUCGUGAACGAAAUCUUAAAUUACGACAAAUUGAAAUACAAAAAAGUCGAGAAACUCGACGAAGACGAAGUGCUGGUCGACGUGGUUCUGAUUCGGAUAUGAGUGAUUUUUCUGCUCGAGGUGGAAGUAAAACAGGAUCAGUUGCUAGUUUGAAAUUAAAUGAUAGUGAUGAUGGUAUACGUACAUCAGGUUCUCGUCGUAGUACAACAAGUCUAAAACGAACUGGUGGAUUUAAUCAAUAUAAACCAAAAGAUUCAACUGAUUCUGAUAUCGAAGGUACAUCAUCACCAGCUGUUUUACGUAAAGCUGCAUCAAAUAAUGCAACAAAUUUUGUUUCACAUAAAUCCCAUCAUCAUUCAUCAUCUGAUCAUGAUCAACAAAAUAUAAAUCCAAUAAAAACGGAUUUAACAAAUACUAAUGAUAUGAUUGAUAUUGAUGAACGAUUAAAAUCAUUAGAAAAAUUUAUGAAAGAGAAUCUACCAAGUUAA